AUGUUAAUAGUGACUUACCUCCGUUUGAAAAAAAAUGACAACCUGACUGGCAAUGAUGCAAAGGGUCUUGAGAAAUUCAAACAGCUAAACUUGGUUGAAAGUAAAGAUGGAAAGGAGUGCUAUGGAGUUUACAUUGAUCAUAUUAAAGAGGUACAGGAAAUGGUAGCUAAAUAUUUGAAAGAUAAUCCUAAAUUUUAG